AUGGAGCAAAACAUGGGUGGUGGGGAUUUUGAUGAUCAUGUUGCUAUCACGGGAGAUUGGAUGCCUCCAAAGCCCGAAUUACAGUAUGAACAGAAUAAACCUAAAGCCCAAAUCAACACACCAGGCGAUGGAUCAAGUGAGCCCAAAACGAGCUCACGUGGUGGAGGCCUUAUGGAGAGAAGGGCUGCCAGAGCUGGGUUUAAUGCUCCGAGGCUAAAUACGGAAAGUANUUGGGCAAAAAGUCCAGUUUCCUUUUUUAUGAUACCACCUGGUCCUAGCCCAACUACUCUGUUCGAUUCCCCUGUUUUCCUAACUAAUUCGCUGGUUCAGCCAUCCCCAACAACUGGAAAAUUUCAUUUGCUCAGGGUGUAACAACCAAAACUCGACAAUGAUGAUGAUAACAGAUGAAUCUGAUAACAAGUGUAUGGAGAAUAAUGCUUUUGAAGAUCUUUCAAACCUACUGCCGAGUCCAAAUCAGUUCCUAAUUUCAACAGAGCAAGUUCAAAUAUUCCCUUUUUCUCUCGACCGAGCAGGCACACGCUUUUCCCGGUUUUGGAAUUUCCACUCAUCCCAAGAACACUUCCCCGCCACUCGAUGACGAGGCAGACCCCACUCUCCCUAAUGCUGCCGGCACUUCAAAUACGGCCAGAAGCAGGUCAAAGGGAGCGAGUACCCGCGGAGCUACUACAA